AUGAUAAGGAUUGGCACGUCAAAAUCUAGAAUUGUCUUGGGCAUACUUCUUUUGCGUGAUAAACUGAUAUAUGUUCUUGUUGUAAUCAUUGAAACCUUACUUGUGAUCACAGAAUCAAAAGAGAGGAUUGUUGCUAAUCUGGCAAACUUUGCAUAUGAUCCUUACAAUUACACGUUUUUGCGCCAGCUUAAUGUUUUGGAACUUUUCCUAGACUGCAUAACUGAGCCCAAUGAGAAACUUGUGGAGUUUGGUGUUGGAGGGAUCUGCAAUUCUUGUGUUGAUCCUGCAAAUGUGGCAGUAGUCAUUCACUGCGGUGGCAUCCCUCUUGUCAUCCAAUGCUUAUCCAGUCCUGUUAGGAACACGGUGAAUUAUGCUCUUGGGGCUUUGUAUUAUCUCUGCAAUGCAUCCAACAGGGAACAGAUUUUGAAGCCAGAAGUGGUGGAUAUAAUUGAAAGGUACGCUGCAGCUGGGGAAGUUAGUGUAACCUUCAGCAAUUUGGCUCGGGCAUUUCUAGAUAAGCAUGUAUCUGAACAACUCAUUCAAUAG